AAAUUAUCUACAGCUGCAGGUUGUCUCAUACGCAUCAUGUGCUGGGGAACGCAAUCGGAAUCUUGUCUCAAAAGAGUCUGUACCUGAUCCUAAGGUGGCCAUAUUAACUGCAAGAAACAAGACUUGCAUCCUGCUGUGCUCCGUGCAGAAAGGUGAUGGGACCACAUUGUCGUGGUACAGAGGAGAGGAACUACUGAACCAGAGCAGUUCUGUUUUCUCUCUGUCUGUUACUGUGCACAAUCAGAAUCUCAAUAGCUCCUAUCGAUGUGAGGCUUCCAACCCUGCUGAAAAUAAAAAUCUUUCUGUCAACGUUGCCGAAUCUUGCCAGCAGGAGCAGCACACCACUGUCAGCCCGGACACCAAAAAUGACACGAGAUACCGUGCCCUAGGGAUUGCAAUACCCAUUUUUUGUCUUUUGCUUGUUGUACUUUUUGCCAUAAUCUUCAAGUGGAGAAGCUCUGAAAAACCAAAGGCAAAGACAUCACGUAAAGGAGGCAGAGUCUGAGAUUAUCUACAGCAAUGUAGUGAUAACUGAUGCCAGUGGGCAGUGUAAACAUUCACCCUCGGCAGCUGUAGACGGCUCCAAUCUAAUAACAGUCUACGCCAAACUGGAACCUCAUCCCAGCUGCUGACUGAACCAACACUCAGGGGAUUUUUUUAAACUAGGGACAAAUACACCCACACUCUUUCCAUGGAUAUGAGCAGCUGUGCAGGAUGUCUUCAGAUACCAAACAGGAUAAACUCCAUAUAUUUCCACAACAGUGAGAGGAAUGUGUGUUACAGGAUGGACUGUUUCUACUGAUGACAGAAGGUGUGGCUUCUGCGUUCUACAAAGAAGGCAGCGUUCAAGUAUCUCAGGAGCUCAGAUCUGUGUCGUGUUCUUGCAGUUGUAACCAUAGUUUUGAUGUGUUAAUUUAAUUUUUUUUUUUUUUUUUUUUUUUUUUUUUUUUUUUUACUUUUGUGAUUUUCUUCCAGACUUCGUUUAUUGCUCCGGUUGGUUUUGUCAGUGUGUAGUGCUCUGUUGCUUCAAACAGGUUGCGCAAUGUUCAUGACUAAUUUACGAAAUAAAUGCAUGCCAGACGUUUUGAACAUUUAAAAUUUUUCUUUGCGCAUUGGCACGCAGCCGCGCACAGUUUGCGCAGUUUGAAACGGUGGGCGGUGUGUUUACUCACAGUGUGCAGAUGAAAUUUGUGCAAGUGUCCAGGUACCUUAAGUGGUCAUAUACCAUUUCAACAGAUUAGUAUUGGUUAUCAGGUGUCUUGUAGGCAGUUUUAGCUAAAAUACCCUUUAAAGACUAGGUGCAUCUUGUUGUCUGUGCUUAUAUCACACGAAAUACAGUACAGUGGUGGUCAGAAUUACUGGCAAGUGGCAACCCUAUAUUUUAUGUACACCUUUUAAAAUAUGGUCAGAAAUAAUUGCAAACAAAGCAAUUUUGUUUAAUCAAAAUAUUUUUACAAAUGUCUAGAGAUAGUUGGCAACAAGAACAACAAAAAAAUGUGUUAAGUAAAACAAAAAUCUUGACAUAAAAUGUAUCCUGGACCCUUUGAUGAAUUUACAGUAACUCAUCACUUUUACAGCCAGUUUCCUUUAGACAAGUCUGUGGAUGGAUACAUGAAUAUUUCCAAGUCAAUGAAUAAGUCUUUGACAUCAUUUACCUGAGUCUUUAAUAAAUAUAAACAGUAGGGUAGCCACAAAGACACCCAACACAACUCUGAAGAUGUGUUAGGCUUCUGUGGCUGUGCCUGGAGUAAUUGUGCAACUUUUGUCUGUUGCACCACUGCUCACAGCCUCAUCAUGAUGUGGAGCAGAGAAGGUAUUUCAUACAACAAAACAGAUCAUAUCUACACUUCCAUCUCUCAUGUACGUUCUGGCAAACUAGCUGAAGUUUCAUAUCAUCUUUUCAAGAUGUGCCACUCCACCAUGAAGCUGUAUAACUGGUGAUGGAACAGUUAAAAGAUACACUGUGCACAGUCUCUACAAUCACAGCCACAGACCUCUAAAGACUUCUACAGAGUUGUUUUGGGUGUCUUUGUGGCUUUUCUCACUCAUAUCCUUCUUGAGAAGUGCCUCCUCCAGACAGAUUUACCAUAGUGUUUGUAUUUUUUAAAGUUUGAUGGAAAUGAUGUCCAAGACAUAUUCAGUGACUUAGAAAUGUUCAUGUAGCCAUCCCCUGACUUGUCUGAAGAAAACUGGCUAUAAAGGUGAUGAGUUACUGUAAAUUCAUCAAAGGGUGUCAAUAACCGUGUCCAGCAUACACUUUAUUUCAGGAUUUUUUUUGUUUCACUUUAUGAAAACAUUUUGUUUUGUUAUUGUUGCCAAAUAACAUUGGAUAUUUUUUAAAAAUAUUUUUGAUUGAAUAAAAUUGCUUUGUUUGCAUUUAUUUCUGACCAUAUUUUAAAAGGUGUACUGUACAUAAAAUAUAGGGGAGCCAGUCAUUCUCAACUAUUUGUGGUCAAGUUAUAGCGAUUAGCUUAACAUAUGCACCUGUUUGUUUUGUCAUUUCCCAUAACAUAAUAUGUGCAUGCAAGCAAAAUCAUUGGAAGCGUUCUGGUUUGUGUUUUUACCUAUGAGGAUUCAUAUUUUCAGCGCUAAUAGUUCAGCUUCUUCAGGAAUGUGCAGGACAACUUGUCGGCAGCUGGUGAAUGUAACUAAAGUAAGUGGGUUGAUUACAAAUGGAGAUCCACACAUUUCUCUUGUGUUAACGUUUCAAACUGUCUUUGUAAACACCAGUUAGUCCAGAAAAUGUCAACAACCAAUUACUUCCAAAGCCAAAGUUAAAAUGUCACCAAAAGUGCCUUUUGGCUCUUAACUGUAAUUGAGUGCAGUCAACUGAGAUCCUUUGUAUGAGUUGCUUCAAACGGUAACAAGAGAACUCAGCCAGGUUAAGAACUCGGCCCGGGUUCGGGGUAGGGUUAGAGUCAAGGGUAGGAGUGGGGUUACCUCCAGGGCCCAGUUUACACCUGGGGCCAACAAACUCCAUCUGUGCAGCUUUUUUACCCCCACUAGUUUUGUUUGUAAAGUCACAGGCAUUAUAAAUUUGCGAUGAUGGCCUCCUAAGAAAAACAAACAAACAACCUACGGCUCCUACUAUAAAGGCGUUCUUGAGCAAAGUCCUAAAUUUUCAGGAACAGGAUGCAGAUGAUAAAGGUCACAUUGUCAGAGGUAUACGCAUAUGCAAAUGUUCAAUGCAAAUGUAUUUUAGACAGGAAUUUUCCAUUUCAGGUCCUCCUGACUCAAUCUGAUGACAUUCAUCACAAACCAUAUUCUUGACUGUGUAUUUUUUAUUUUACAUGAUUACUAAAACAGCAUCCAUGUUGUUGUUUUUUUCCUUUGGAAAAGCCCAUAAAUGCAGGAGAGAGACUCCCCAUGGAUGGGACACCAGCCCAACAUAGAUGACUUCCCCAGGCCAGUACAGCUGGGUGGACUGGGACAAUACAGAAUUACUUGUCCAAGGACGCAGACAUGUAGCGUGAUCAGUAAUUGAUUCCCUGUCUACAAAUUGGUACUCCAAAUCCUUAUCCCACUGAACUGGCAGAUGCUCUGUCCAGUCGGCUAAAACCCGGGUUCUGGCCUGAGUGGCCAGGGUAUCCUUUGGCUGUCAGGGGAGUGAGGCCCAUUGACUACUGUUGUGCAGUGACUCCUGCUGUCCUCUGCCACACUGACACACAUACUAUGUACAGUAGGUGGGUUCUUGAACUGCUCUGGCAAGAUCAGCCAAAUGUAAAUCAUGGUGGUCAAGGUCAUUGGGAACAAAGGUCAGAUUUCCACUAGGCAAUGACAACAAGGUUUCCAGUCCUUAUUUAUGCUGUAAAUCCUCCCUAACUGCCUUAACCAAUUCGUGCACAAGGGGACUACUGCCUAGUGAAUAGAAAAUCAGUUGGACAAGCGGAAAAGUUAAAGUAAUCAUUUGAGCUUUUUCCUCAAAGUGUUGAGCUGCUUGAACCCUUUGUGUGGCUUACAUUCAUCUUAUUCCUGGGGAAUGGAAAAGGGAAAUAUAAUCUCAAAUAUGUUCAACAUUCUGUUGAAUUUUCUCCAGCUUUUACCAUUUGCAAGUACAGAGAGUGAUCGCACAGUGCACAGGGAUGUUUCUGUUGUAGUUUCAUAUUACCUUAGGGACAAGACACACCUUUGUCUUUAUUUGGGAUUUCAUGUCAGGACAUGCUGGCUUGUAUUAUUGGAAGUUAGUUUGCAGAAGGGGCGGCACUCCCACAAACCUCAGACAGGAAAAACAUGUCAAUCAAGCACGUUAGUACUCAAACCAGCUUAUACCUUUACAAGUACUACGUAGAGUCUUGCAUUUCACACAAAAAGCAGAAAUUAGUCCCGAACCUUCAUAAACAACAGUUUUGUUGUAGUAUUAUUGUCUGAUUACGAUUUUUCCCUGAAUUUGGACAAAUGCCUCCCUCAGAUGACUUUUAAUUUUGUUUUUGUCAACUUCAGCCUUUCACUUUUAUUAAUUAUAUUAUAAUGUGAAUUACCUUACUAAUUAUUUUCUGUUGGGUGUUUCUCAGAAUAACUGAGUUUAGACUGCUGUCUAAUAAAGUGGACAGAACACAAUGCUUUGCUGGUGUCUCUGCUACAUUAUCAGUGAAGUGGAGUGUUUACUGGGAUUUGACUUUAGUCCAUAUUGGUUCCUGUCUUUCCACCUGGGUGGCUUGUAUCCAAGACUUGGAUGGAUGCGGUGACCUGAGACAAAGGUGCAUGCUCCCUGAAGUCUAAAACCAACCUUACUAUGCUGUAGGCACAAUCAGCAGAUUGGAAAGACACAUGCUCCCUCUAGAGGAUUCUUGACUGCAUUUCAGUAGACCAGUAAAAAUUAUUAUUGUUGUAAGUUACAUUUUUUUUUAUUAUUAUUAUUUGAUUUGAUUGAUAGCCUCCAGAAGAAUGAAAAGCAUAAUCACAUAUCCUCCGCUUCCUCUGUGGUUUGGUUUGGUGGUAUAAUGUUAAUCCUAAAAUCCCAGGAUAGUUAGCAAUGAUGAAGGACUGGACUCUGUCUAGUUUGUUUGUUUUUGCUGCUGUUUAGACCAGUAUCUCCUUAACAGGUGAAGGUAAGUACAAACAGAUCCAAGCAUUUUAUGGAUGUAAUUCUUUAGGUUAUCCACAAAAUAUCCAAUAUUAUAAAAUGGGAAUAUAAAAUAUGGCAGCCAAAUCUAUAGUGACCUGACCUUGAUCAGCAUGGCUCCAGGGAUAGUGCCAAUGACGUCAUCAACGCAAAUAACACCAUAGACUUUUAUUUAGAUAUACUUUUAUGACUGUUUGUUGUGAUGAUGAAAGGUAUUUUUAUUACAUGAUUUAUGGUGAAGCCGAAGGUAAAUUUCCACAUUAUGGACAAUAAAUAUCGUAUGUGAACUAUCGAGGUUCGAAUUGCAUUGUUCAAUGAUCUUUAUUUUUUCCUUGAUGUUUGUGACUGAAAGACUGUUUAAGAUUUAUAUUUUACGUAGUUGUUUAUUUAUUUGUUGCCUGUUGUCAGAUUGGUUGACUGACUGAGUUUAUUUAGCAAAAUAAUGUAGCUACACAAAAAAAGUGAAAACAGUUUGAACAUUUACACGAUUGAGGACUACAUUCCUCGGCGUUUAUAUUUGUAUUUGACAUGUCUGAUUUUUUAACCAAUAAAUCAUAGAGAACUGCCAGUAAACGUUUAAGGUAUCACAUUUGCAGACAUUUUCCCGGUGUGGUCUUCACUUUGCGACUGUCAUUUUCUCCCAAUUUUAUUUUAUUUUAUUUUUAUUUUUUUCAUCUUGGUUUAAUUCAGCUAUAAAUUUUGGAAAUUUGGUGCAACCUGUGGCGAUUUUACGACAACGGAAUUAUUUGUUCUCAAAGUACAGCGUUGAAGUUAAUGUCCAAUGUUUUGUUGCAGGUGUUACGGAUGAUGAUGUGACCUGUAUAACUUGAGAUUUCCAGCCGGAAGUGGCCGUGGUUGCUAAGCGCGACCACGGCUGUUGACAGAGAACGUCGACCUUUUGUUGUCCGCUGCACCAAAUUGAAGAAAAGAAAACAGAAAAUUGUUUUGUCUGUGUGAUUCAUGCAUGUCUUCCCCUAAAUACCCUGUGAUGAGCAAGUCUGUACAAAGCAGGGAAAAUGACUCCGAAGAGGAACUGGAGGGGACUGAUGAAUCACAGAGCAACUCCCAGGCAAAACCUCCAGUCCCCACUAAAGACACACAGAUAAAAUUCAAAGAUCGGUCAGCUUUGGCACAGGCUGUGCUCAAGAGGCGUGUAGCCUGCAAAGAACCCCGUCAUGUUCACCAAGAAGUCAUGGAGGGGAUGCAUUUUCCUGGUUGGUACACUAAAGCACCUACCUCCAAAAAAAAAGAGCAGCCAGCUUGGUGCCUUGAGCGUUUGCCUGUCAGUCGCCCUUUGUUGCAAUCAAAUACCAAGGCCAAGUCUGAGGAUGAAUCUGAACUUUGGGGGUCAGAUUUUCCUCUUGAACGUCCCUUUACCUUUAAGAAGGAUGGACAGCUGGUCAUUCCCUCCACCCCUGUAACAUUUAUGUAUAGUAAGAGACACUAUUUAAAUAUCUGCGCUGACGGUGUAACAUCAGUGUGUGAUGACGAGGUUGAGUUUUUGACUUUUGAACAAUGGGAACAUGAAUAUGACAUCCACUGCAAGUUGAUUCGCAUGCCGUUCUUUGUUCGUUACCAACUUUGGAGACCCUUUCGUCUCUGGCACCUCAAAGUCUGUGCUAAAAAGUUUCAUGAUGCCAAAGAGUGCGUCCAAAAGAAUUUGUUCCUCCUAAAUAAGUCUUUGUAUCCUGCAUUGAUGGACAUCGUGGAAAUGUGUUACCACAUUGGUGAUCUUGACUUGUAUGAAGCAAAGGCAAAUCACUCUUACACCCUGCAGGAGUUUCAGGAUGUUCAGUUCAAACAUCUACAGGAGAUAUCCACUCAGCUAAAGACGUUUCACAACCUAGCAAAAGAAGUCGCAAUUGGAGCAUGUAAUACCUCUUUGUUGGAAGCAGGAUUCAUGACUGGAUACUCAGAUAAUCCAGAUAUAGUUGAUUUGCCAACAAGCAUUGCCAAGAAGUUCUAUUGUGUCCGCCUCGUGUGCUUCAUCCGACUUGUCGACUAUUUGAUUAUCAAUGCGUUGCACAUCAUGGUUGGGAAUUCAGUGAUCAGAUUACUGGCUGUAUUCCAGGAACAUGUUCAAAUGGCACCCACUUUGGAUGACAUUCAGAGCUGGAGCAACCUUGAAACUGCCACUAAGUCUACAGAGGAAGAAAACAAUAAGAAGACUGUGACACCAAAAGAUGUCCCUACCCAACCCAUGUUCAUCUCUGAGCUGAUGCUGGGGAUCAAGGCUCUGACCUACAAACCCUCUGAGGAAAACUUUAAGGAAGCUAUUGCAGAUCUGUUUGUGCAGUUCCAGGAGACAGUGCUGUCAGUUGAGAGACUUGUGCCAGAUCCAGAUUUUAAGUCAUUCACACAGCUGGAACCCAAGAAGGGGAAAAUGAAAUGUGAAGAUGGACACAACUUUGAAUCCAUUUUAGAGAAUGACACACAAUUUCAUCAUCAUCAAGAAAAUGCCAAGGAUUUAUUCCAGCUUGCCUUUGCCUCAGCAAACGUGUACCUAAACUCACUUGAGCAUUUUCAACUGUUUUAUAAGGAGAAUGAGAGUCAGGAUCUGGAUGCACUGCAGCAACAUGAUCAAGAUGUGUCUUUCUUAACAAAAGCUUUGGAGUUAUACCACAAUCAGUAUGAAGAGAUUUUAGCAAUCCAGCAGAAGAGAUGUCUUGGCUUACUGCUUGUGGACACAACACAGUUCAAAGAGAAACUUUUGGCUUCAGUGCUACAUGUUUUGGAGGCUAUUAAAAAGGUGCUCACCAAACUGGCUAAGAAGAAACUGGAUGCUGUCUAUGCCAAGGCGUGUGAAACCCAGUUUAAAUUAGAGUUUAGACCCUCAAAUAUAACCGAAUAUGUUGACUUUUUGAAAUACCUGGAUGUGGUUUUUGACGAGGUCCAGGCGCUAGAGGAGCAGCAAAAGACAGUAUGUGAACUGUAUGAGUUCAUGAACAUGUUUUCAGUUCCCACACCACCUGAAGAUGUUGUAGUUUUCACUGGCUUAGAAUCUGCCUUUGGGUCAUUAGUUAUCCUCCAAUCAAGCGCAGCUGCAUACUGCACCCAGAAUAAAAAAAGGUUUUGCACUUCCUUGCGGAAGGACAUGAAAAUUUUGAACCAAAAGAUAAAUGAGAUCCUGCAAAAAUCAGACAUGAAGCAAAUCCUUGAUAUCCAAACCGAUCCUGUCGAAGUGCGUGUGCUGCUGGGAGAUAUCCAGAUUUCCGUAGAUGAGGUUCAGGCCCAGGCUUCUGUCUACGCAUCCCACCAGAAAUACCUAAAGAUGGAGGAGGCUGAGUUUCCAUUGCUGGAAUGUUUGAGUGAAGAGGUCAGGCUGAAGCAACUGCUGUGGGAUUCUUUGGAGAAAUUUAGCUCUUUACAAAAUGAAUGGACACAGAGCCCACUUAAACAACUAGACCUUGAGCAGCUCAAGACCCAAAUUGAGAACUUCACAGUGUCUGUGGCACAGAUGCAGAAAUUCAUGCCAAACAACAAUGUGCUAUCCUGUCUGAAGGAUAAAGUGGAAUUCAUGAAGGAGAGGCUGCCUGUGAUCACUGAUCUAUGUAAUCCAUGUAUGAAAUCAAGACACUGGGAGAUUCUGGAGACAGUACUGGGGACCUCACUAUCUGCUGAGAAGCUCAGUUUAGCAGUUUUAGAGGAGCAUGACAUCAUCUCCUAUUGCUCACAGAUACAGGAGGUGUCAGCACAGGCAUCAGGAGAAGCUUCAGUGGAAAUGGUUAUUAAAAAGGUAGAGGACUCGUGGAAGACAGUAGAAUUCACUGUGCUGCCUCACAGUGAUUCCAGAGAUGUCUUUAUCUUGGGGCCCACUGACAGCAUCCAGGUACUUCUGGAUGACAGCAUUGGCAAAGUGUCCACAGCGGCGUCUUCCAAGUAUGUAGGCUUCUUCAAGCCUAGGGUGGAUAAAUUGGGCCUCCGACUGUCCCACUUUCGUGACACACUGGAAGAGUGGCUUAAAUGCCAGAAGAACUGGUUAAAACUACAAAGUACAUUCUCGUCCUUUGACAUUAUGCAACACCUGUUUGAUGAGUACAAAAUGUUCCUUAAGGUUGAUAGGUCCUGGAAAGAGAUCAUGGCAAAUGUCAAUAAGAUGCCCAAUGCCCUUCGAACAGUCAAACAUCCUGGUCUGUUGCAGAGCUUUCAGGAAAACAAUGUUCUUUUGAACCAAAUACAGAAGGGGGUGCAAGCUCAUCUGGAGUCCCAGACAUCAUAAGUUUCAUCUCUGUAGGUUUUGACUUUCCAACUUGCCAGCUUGCUCCAGGCUGGUUGAGUAUUCUGUCAGAUGAGUACACGCUCUUCGUUUUCUAACCAGGCACUUUACUUUAACACUCUUAAAUAGAGAUAUGAUAAUUAGCUGAUAUAGUUUUCAAAUUGAAUAUGUGCAUCAAUACAUAUUCAUAGAGAAGCUAUUUUUCCCUCAACAGUGCAUGUUUAUGUGGGUUGUCGGGCAGAUCAGAUUCUAUAACCUUUGCUGCCACCCUUUGGCUAAACAUAUUGUUCUAAAUGAUAGCUGGGCCAAUGUAGGUUUUAAAAAAGUUACAAUUUUUAAUUAUAUCUAGAAAUACUCUUAUUUUCCAUCCAUGAAAGCUUCAAUGUGUUUUAAAUAUAAACAUUAUUUCAGUUUUGUAAAUGGAUAUCAAUUUUGCUACUUUUUUGUGAUUUUUUUUUUUUUGCUUUGUAUAAAUCUGUUAACUGUUUUCUGAAACUUAAAUACAAAAAAGUGACCACAUUUAAUGUUUUUGUAGCCUGGUGUGUGUGACAUUUUGCAUCUUGAUUGUCAUGCUGUAAUUAAAUUGACUAUAGAGUGGAUGGUAAAGGUGGCGUGGUUGAACAGUG